AGCAUUCACGGCACUGACCGAGCAGUAAGCUCACAUGUAUUUGUGUACAUCAGUAUAACCUUAAAAGACGAUAUCUUUUUGACUGAGUAAUGUUCUUUUAUUACUGUUGAGACGAUUCUAAAAUCAAAAUUAUUAAAGGAAAAACAUAUAAUAAACAUUUUAUUUAUCUCGUUAAUUGAUAAAACAAAAGCAAAUAAAGAUGGCGUGGAAAGACACAAGCAAACAUAGCUUAUCUAAGUCCAUUCUGGAAAUGAAAUUCAUGAAAAGGACAAAAGACAAAGUGGAGAAAGAAGCAUUUCAACAAGAAGGAGAAGAGUAUUUUGGCAAACAAACUUUACCAAAAAAGUCAGGAAGAUUUAUCACUGAAGCCAGUUAUGCUUUCUGCGAGGAACUGAUUGAAGGCAGACUCAGUUUUCAAGGUGAAAAUCCUGAACUUGAAAGGCUAUUGGAACUGGAACACCUUGCAAAAGUUCCAAAAGAGGAAAGAGAUAUGGAUGCUGAUGUGUCUGAUACUCAGAUGACAAAAAUAUUGAAAUCUACUACAAAAAUCAAUGUUACAAAUAUGAAACACAAGUCAUACAAUAGUCAAUUUGAUUCUAACGUGGAACCACAAAGAAAGAAACUGAAGUUUUUGAAGCCAGUAGAAUAGAUUUUUAAGUGACAAUUUUCUUUGAGUAGAAUAGAGAAAAAUUUACAAACAAUGGUUUUCAGAUAUUUGUAAAAUAAUUAAUCUAUGUAGGUAUCUAAUGAAAGGGACAUUUGAAGAUAGAGAAUGAACAUUUCAGUUUACAAAUAUGUAUAUAUUUAUACAAAAUUAUAGACCUAUUAUCUAUGAUUUUUACAAAUAGUUUGAUUAAUGAAUUCAACAACAACAACAACCAUUAAUGAAAAGUUAAUUAUCAAACUUGUCAAUUAUUAUCCGGUUUUGUUUGAAUAGAAAGAAUUCGUUUACAAAUGAUAGUUCGUGAUCUAUGUAACAUGACGUUAUAUCAAUUCAUCGAUAAGUGAAGGUUUCGCACACUCGGUGUUCGUUUCCUUGAAAUUUUUAAAAACUGUUGCGGUUUCUUAUGCGCAUCGAGGUACAGAAAACUAAUUAAUUAAAUUAUUUUUAUCGUUAAUCAUACUAUUGUCCACCGUAAAUGACAAUUUUUAAAUAAAGGCUUAAAAACUUUCCAAGAUUCACGCGUUUCAGUCAUGUGACUCCAAUACAUGCGCACUGUUUCUUAUUUUAUUCAGAAAUAAAAUUUUUCAUUAUGAGCUAUGC